CUAGGAGCGGCAGCAGGAGCAGCAGCAGGAGGAGCAGCCCGGCCGCUACCGCGGCCGCCGCUGCUGAGUCGGAAGCCCGUGCAGAGGGACCCGGGUUGUCAGUGAGAGUAGAAGGGCGCGCGCAGCAGCGACUUGGGCUCCGGCAUCUGGGCUCCUCGUUGCGGUCGGAGCAGCAGCCGUAGGAACAGUCCCAGCCGCGCCAGAACCGGCGCAGUCAGCUCCUCUCCAGGCAGGACCUCCUGGUUCCCCACCUGGCCCCAGGGCCCCUGCCCUUCCUUCUUUCAGGGGAGGGGAGGGAAGGUGUCCGGCUUCUCUUACUCCCCUCCAACCUCCCCAUUCCCUCCUCGUGUUCCAGAGGCAGGUGGUGGCUUGGGGGGGGACCAUGGCCGACGUUUACCCGGCCAACGACUCUACCGCGUCUCAGGACGUGGCCAACCGCUUUGCCCGCAAAGGGGCGCUAAGGCAGAAGAAUGUGCACGAAGUCAAGGACCACAAAUUCAUCGCCCGCUUCUUCAAGCAGCCCACCUUCUGCAGCCAUUGCACUGACUUCAUCUGGGGGUUUGGGAAACAAGGUUUCCAGUGCCAAGUUUGCUGUUUUGUUGUUCACAAGAGGUGCCAUGAGUUUGUCACUUUCUCUUGUCCGGGUGCAGAUAAAGGACCUGACACGGAUGACCCCAGAAGUAAGCACAAGUUUAAAAUCCACACAUAUGGAAGCCCCACAUUUUGUGACCACUGUGGCUCACUGCUCUAUGGACUUCUACAUCAAGGAAUGAAAUGUGACACCUGUGAUAUGAAUGUUCACAAACAAUGUGUAAUAAAUGUUCCAAGCCUCUGUGGAAUGGAUCAUACAGAAAAAAGAGGGAGAAUUUAUCUGAAAGCAGAAGUCACAGCUGAAAAAUUACAUGUCACAGUACGAGAUGCAAAAAACUUAAUCCCUAUGGAUCCAAAUGGACUUUCAGAUCCCUAUGUGAAGCUGAAACUUAUUCCUGACCCUAAAAAUGAAAGUAAACAGAAAACCAAAACAAUCCGCUCCACGCUAAACCCACAGUGGAACGAAUCAUUCACAUUCAAAUUAAAACCUACAGACAAAGAUAGAAGGUUAUCUGUUGAGAUCUGGGACUGGGAUCGAACAACAAGAAAUGAUUUUAUGGGUUCGCUUUCAUUUGGGGUUUCGGAGCUUAUGAAAAUGCCAGCAAGUGGAUGGUAUAAGUUGCUUAAUCAAGAAGAAGGUGAAUACUACAAUGUGCCCAUUCCAGAAGGGGAUGAAGAAGGAAAUGUGGAACUCAGGCAGAAAUUUGAAAAAGCUAAGCUUGGCCCUGCUGGUAACAAAGUGAUCAGUUCUUCAGAUGACAGAAAACCAACCAACAACCUUGACAGAGUCAAACUCACAGACUUUAAUUUUCUCAUGGUCCUGGGGAAGGGCAGUUUUGGAAAGGUGAUGUUGGCUGACCGCAAGGGGACAGAAGAACUAUACGCCAUCAAAAUUUUGAAAAAAGAUGUGGUAAUACAAGAUGAUGAUGUGGAGUGCACAAUGGUAGAAAAGAGAGUACUAGCUCUCUUAGACAAGCCUCCUUUCUUAACACAACUACACUCGUGCUUCCAAACAGUCGAUCGUCUUUAUUUUGUCAUGGAAUAUGUCAAUGGUGGAGACCUUAUGUACCACAUCCAGCAAGUAGGAAAAUUUAAGGAGCCACAAGCAGUGUUCUAUGCAGCAGAAAUUUCAAUUGGAUUAUUUUUCCUUCAUAAACAAGGGAUCAUUUAUAGAGAUUUGAAAUUAGACAAUGUCAUGUUGGAUUCAGAAGGACAUAUCAAGAUUGCCGAUUUUGGAAUGUGCAAGGAGCAUAUGAUAGAUGGAGUCACAACCAGGACAUUCUGUGGGACUCCAGAUUACAUUGCCCCAGAGAUCAUUGCUUAUCAGCCGUAUGGAAAAUCUGUGGACUGGUGGGCCUAUGGUGUUCUAUUAUAUGAAAUGUUAGCUGGACAGCCUCCAUUUGAUGGUGAAGAUGAGGAUGAACUCUUCCAGUCAAUAAUGGAACACAAUGUUUCCUACCCAAAAUCAUUGUCCAAAGAGGCUGUUUCUAUCUGCAAAGGACUAAUGACCAAGCAUCCUGCAAAACGUCUGGGCUGUGGGUCUGAGGGAGAAAGAGACAUCAGAGAACAUGCAUUUUUCAGAAGAAUUGACUGGGAAAAACUGGAAAACAGAGAAAUCCAACCACCCUUCAAGCCUAAAGUGAAAUUCUGUACCAAAAUGCACUGGCUUCAUUGGGCUUCAAAGUCUUCGUGUGGCAAAGGAGCAGAAAACUUUGACAAAUUCUUUACACGAGGACAGCCAGUGUUAACACCACCUGAUCAACUGGUCAUUGCUAACAUAGAUCAAGCCGAUUUUGAAGGGUUCUCCUAUGUCAAUCCACAGUUUAUCCACCCCAUCUUGCAGAGUGCAGUAUGAAACUGACCAACAGGAACAAAUGCCCCAAUUCCUUGGUCCCACCCACAGUGUUCCUUAAUUCCUAAAAUUUUAAGGUCUCAGUCUUGUUGCUUAUUCCAGUUGGAGACCUGAAAAUUGUAGGGUUAGAAAUCUAAAUGUGAUCAACCAUUUAGGAUCUCACUUUCAACCAAGAAACAUUGUCUUAGUGAAAGCUGAUAUAGUACCCAGUUUAAUCUUUUAGGAGCCAUAGCUGGUUGUAUGCAAGCAAACAAAUUCUUAACCCGUUUUUGGUAUGUUUUGAUAUAUUUUCUUUAACUUUCACCUGUCAAUUUUCGUCAAUAGAACUGCUCAUUAUAGAGUUCAGGUUAGAACACCCUCAUUAUCUGAUCGGCUGAGGAUUUCUUCAACUGAACAGCCUUUGGAAUGGAAACACAGAGAGUAAAGAAACAAGCACUGGUUUGGGAACCAGGUAUUCUCAUGGUCUUUGCUAGUUGAUUUUUUUUAGAAAAUUACUAGAAAAGAUCGAGGAGGAACAGGGGAGUACAGAUGGUCACACAGUUGCAAGCUAAAUGUUCCCAAACAUUGGCUGUUCAUAAUCCAAUCACAGCCCAUCAGCUCUCAAUUUUAAAAGACCAAAAAGAAAGAAAAGACAAAAAAUAUCAGACAAAUGUUUCAUGAAUUCAUCAUAUCAUGUCUGACCAGUUUGAUAACUAGUUUUAAAUUGCAUUUCUAUUAAGAGGCCAAAUAUUUUAAGAACAAUGCUAAGGUAGCAUGUGAAAUCAUUUCAGAUCAAAAAUUAAAAUUCCAUAUUUAUGUUCAUGUUAAUCUCUGAGAGAUUAUCCUGAGAUCCAGGGUGCCAUUGUUAAUUAUGCCACUAUUCAAGAGCAUUGCUAGCCAAUCUCACCAAACAUGAUAUUUUGCUACUGACUUUAUUAACUUAGUAACAAGCUGAGCUAUAACCCUUUCCCCCUUUUGUACUUAUUUAUUUAAUAGGCUGCAGUGUUGUUUAUGAAAGUACUAUGUACAAUAACUUAAUGAAGUAUUGAACUAGAGAGUCCAUCCCUAACAUUGGGGAACUUUAUCCCUUUGAGUUUCCUUAGAGAGAAAACAAAAAAAGACUUCAUUUUCCAUUUCCAUUUCUCAUUGAAUCACUCACCUGAAGAUGUAGAAUCAGUUAGCCUGGUUUAAAAUCACUUCCCCCAAACAUUUAAUUGCUAGAAGGGAUUUACUAUGUUUUGCAUCUGCAUCAUGCAAUGAAUUUUGCAUGUUUAUAAUAAAUCUUAAUAAUCUUACUGUCAA